AUGGCUGGCGGCAACCCUCCAGCCUCGAGUCGCUCGCCAAGCGCAACUUAUUCCUCAGUCCCGCAGAGCGUCACCACCCGCGUCGCGUUCGUAUUGAUUGACGGAAUCGGUGACGUGGCGGUGCCGUCGUUGGGCGGCCGGACGCCGCUCGAGGCGGCACAUACGCCGAAUCUGGACGCAAUCGCGGCGGCGGGAGUCAACGGCCUGAUGGACCCUGUAGAACCCGGGCUGGCGUGCGGCAGUGACACGGCGCAUCUCUCGCUGCUGGGUUACAACCCCCGCCACCACUACAGGGGGCGGGGGGCGUUCGAGUCCAUGGGAGCCGGGAUUCCCAUGCAACCUGGCGACAUCGCUUUCAAGAGCAACUUCGCAGUGUUGGACGAGGCAACGGGGAUCGUGGUGAAGCGCCGGGCGGAUCGGCACUUUGAGGAGGAGGGGCCAAUCCUGUGCCGCCACCUGGACGGCCUCAAGAUCCCUGGAUUCCCGGACUACCAAGUCAGCAUCAAAUAUGCCACAGAGCACAGGUGCGGCGUGGUGGUUCGGGGCCCGGGUCUGUCUGACAGGAUCGGUGGCACCGACCCUCUGAAGGACGGGCGGGCGCUAGGUGUCGCGACGCCAUUGGACGACAGCCCGGAGGCAGACCUGACGGCUCGUGUGGUGAACGCUCUGAGCGAUGCGAUUCGGGCAGAAUUGAAAAAUCAUCCAAUCAACGCGCAGCGGGCAGCGCAGGGAAAGAAUGUGGCAAACGUGGUUCUUCUGAGAGGCUGCGGGAUCCGAAUUGAGGUGCCGUCAUUUAAGGAGAGGCACGGUAUGCGAGCCUGCAUGGUGGCCCCAACCAAGAUCAUCGCAGGCCUGGGACUCAGCCUCGGAAUUGACAUCCUGCACGUACCUGCAGCCACGGGCGACUACCGAACCUGCCUCGCCUCCAAAGCUGAGGCCGUAGCUGCCGCCCUGUCCACCUUACCUCCCCAUCCUGCUCCAGCCAAGCCCGAACCAACUGACCGAACCGACCAGAACGGUCAGAUCAAUCCGAUUGCUCCGAUCGGUCGAUCUGCACCGUUGAUUUCGGUUCCUGGGGAAGAUGAUCCGAGGGAAGGAUGCCCUGAGGGGUACGAGUUUGCUUUUCUGCACAUCAAGGCAGUGGACGAUGCCGGGCACGACAAGGCCAUUGAUCUCAAGGUGCGCGCGCUGGAGGCCGUUGAUCGCAUGGUGGGCCAGCUGGCGCACCGCCUGUGGCUGGUGCAGAGAGAGGGGGGGCAGGAAGAAGAGCAGCAGCAGGGGGGUAAUCAGGAGGAACACGAGAAGCAGCAGCAGCGGUGGGAGCAUCGGCCAAGGUUCUGCCUGUGUGUGACAGGCGAUCACUCCACGCCCAUUCUAUACGGCGACCACACAGAGGAGCCAGUUCCUCUAGCCAUCUGUGACCUCUCUGACUUCAUCCACACAGUGCCAGGAGGCGAGGCUGCUGUACUGGGUACAGAUCUGAGCCCCUUCCCCAUCCCCACCGCAGCCACUGUGGCUGCAGAGGGUGUCGCUGGGGCAAUCGGUGGAGUGAGGGAUAGAAAGGGGGAAGGAGGAGUGGAAGAAGGAGUGAAGACGGUGCGAGGGGUGGCUGGUUCUGUGGCCGGGGAUGGUGUGUCCAGGUUCAGUGAAUCUGCGGCGGCCAAGGGGAACCUGGGCCGGUUUCCAGGGAGUGAGAUGAUGCGCAUCAUUAAAUGGUGGUCAGGGCGGGGAUGCUAG